AGUAAUGCACAGAUUAUCAUACAAGACCUGAACCUAGAUUAUCGGGAAAUUGACAUACAUUCUAAGCUGGACAAUAAUUAUGUGGUAAAAUAUAUUGGCUCAUGGAUGGAGUCCCCUUUAGGGUCGGGAGUCACGUCCAUAUUAUACAUUCAAAUGGAGUUAUGUUCGCAUAAUUUGCGUGAAGUGAACAAAAUGAAAAUGAGCUGUUUCCAAUCGGUGCCUAACCGGGGUAUGGGCCAUAUAGAGUAUUUUAUAUCGUAUCAUUUGUUCAAGGAGAUUUUAGAAGCGGUAGAAUACUUGCAUACACGCGAACCUGUCAUAAUUCACCGGGAUCUAAAACCAACCAAUAUUAUGAUAUUGUUGAAUUUGGCUCAAAAACAAUGUAUUAAGAUUGGUGAUUUUGGCCUGGCUAAAAUACACGAUAAGGGGUCGCAUACGAGAAAUGUAGGCACGGAUAAUUAUAUUGCUCCAGAAGUGAUAAGUAGCAAGGUAUAUAAUACAAAGGCUGAUGUCUAUAGUAUCGGACGGUUCAUGGAGGAAUUGUUUAAUUUCGAUAUUAAUGAG